GAUCGAGCCGAGCCGAGGCGGGGCUGCGCGCAGCAUGUGAGCUGCGGCCCCAGAGCUCGGAGCGACCGACGGCCGGCGCCGGGCUCCAGCAUGGGGCUCGCCCUGCUCCUGGGGCUGCUCCUCUCCCGAGCCGGAGACCUCCUGGCUCUGCCGAGGAGUGACUGCAUUGCAGCAGAACAGCUGUGUCUCUCGGACUCUUCCUGCAAUGCAACAUAUAAGACCCUGGAAAACUGUGCCCUGGCCAAGACUCGCUUCCUCCCACUGGAUCACGAUAGCAGGGUCAGAUGUCUGAAUGCAGAGCUAGACCUUGGAAACAGUUCUUUGCUACACUGCAAGUGUCACCGGCGCAUGAAGAAACAGGAGCACUGCUUACGCAUUUUCUGGACCGUUCACUCCAGCAUGACAGACGGUUAUUUCAAUUUGGAGACCUCUCCUUAUGAGAAUCCAGCAAAUGAAGAACACUGGAAGACAGAUUAUAAUAAACUGGCAGCUCUGUUAUCAGGCUCACAGUUAGCAGGAGAUGCAACAAAUCCAUGCCUGAAAGCAACUCACGUCUGUAAUCUGAGCAAGAAGUGUGUUCGUCUGCGCACGGACUAUGCCUCUAUCUGCACCAAGGGAGCAGGAAGUGAGGACACGUGUGACCGUCGCAAAUGCCACAGAGGGCUAAGGAAUUUCUUUGAGAAAGUCCCUGAGGAUUUCACCAAAAGGAUCCUAUUCUGUCCAUGUCAAGAUGAAGUUUGCGGAGAACGACGCCGGAAAACUAUUGUUCCUGAUUGUUCCUUCCAGUAUAACACCAAGCCCAAUUGCCUCUGGCUUCUGGACUCCUGCUUAGAAGACCAUAUCUGCAAAUCCCGACUGGCUGACUUCCAACAAAACUGUCAACCUGCAGACAUGUCUCCAGAUGGUUGCUCUCAGCACAACCAUGCUGCAUGCCUGCAGGCUUACAUGGGGAUGAUCGGCACGCCCAUGACACCCAACUAUGUCAGUAACUCCAGUGUGGAGGUCUCCCUGUGGUGUACAUGUGAGAGCAGUGGCAACCAGAAGGAGAAGUGUGACCAGAUACUUGGCCUGUUUGAGAGCAACAGAUGCCUUGAAAAUACCAUUUGGUCUCAAAUGCACCUGAAGCAGACAGCUCUAGAAAGACAGGAAGACUUAUUUUAUUCAUCUCCCCUAAGCUUCCAAGAAGACAGUGCCAGCACAUCUCUUGCUUCAGAAAUGUCCCAGGUGGCUGAAAGGAAGACACAGCGAGACAUCUCAGAACACAGCAGUAUGCCUAUGGCCUCCUCUGUAUAUUCUGGAGCGGCUAUUUCUUGGCCAUCUCUGGCUCUGUUCCUGCCUCUUUUGAUAAGCCCACAUUAACUUGGCAUAAAUAGCAUUUUUCCUUCCCAUAUUAUUAAUAUUAUUCCAUAUCCAGGCACCUCCCAAUACUGAUUUUCCUUUGGGAAACAGGCGGCUUCCAGAAAAGAGGAAUGGAACAGCCUUAACACAGAACAGCAGUCACUGAAAACCUCUCCCUAACCUGCACCCCACUAUCACCCAAGCAGUUUGCACUGAGCUCUGCAUAUAUGGUGCCCAUCAUUGCUUCUGCCGUGUUAGCGUUUUGAGAAACAGUCAGGCUAAUAUUCUAGUGCAGUAUUUUAAAACAAAGGUCUGAGUUCUGUCAGAACUUGUGCAGAGAGGGACCUGACGCAGUGCGUCCUACCACCCUGCCUUCUGGAGCUCUUCCUCAGGCAUACAGUCAUAGAAUGGUUUGAGUUGGAAGGGACCUUUAAAGAUCAUCUAGUCCAACCCCCCUCCCAUGCACAAGGACAUCUUUCACCAGGCUGCUCAAAGCCUCACCUAGCCUGGCCUUGAAUGCUUCCAGCGAGGGGGCAUCCACCACUUCUCUGGGCAAAAUGUUCCAGUGUCUCACCACCCAUUGUAAAAAAUUUCUUCCCCACGUCCAAUCUAA